AUGCGUUUCCUGUCUCGUGUAUCUCUUGCACUGCUGCUAGCCACAGCAACAUUAGCACAAGACGAAGAAGAUUACGACUAUAGCGAUUACAGUGGUAAUACUGACCUAGGCGGUGGCAAUGGAAAUGGAAACAACCAAGGAGGCCAAGUGCAAGCUCCAGCAACACCCGCACCAGUGGUGGAAAAAACACCCGCACCAGUGGUGGAAAAAACACCCGCACCAGUGGUGGAAAAAACACCCGCACCAGUGGUGGUAACAACACCCGCACCAGUGGUGGUAACAACAACUGUGAAUCCAAAUAACAUGAGAUGCCCACAAAACAGCGGUGUGAAUGAUCGGAUAAGAAAUGCUGCGCUUGAAGGUCACAACUAUAGAAGGUCGAGACUUGCCCAAGGAUUGGUCAAGAAUAAGAACGACAAACUCCUCCCACCAGCGACAAAUAUGCUCAAAUUGGCAAUCAAGUAUUGGUGGAGUCAGCUGAGAGUGGUCGGUACUGUAGGGACUGGAGUCACGUUCAGAAGUUCCCAGUCGGGUAGUCCAGUCAGCUAUUUCACCAGGAUGGCUUGGGCAACCACUGCAAAGUUUGGAUGUGCUGUUACACAGAAAAACAAAUGCCCCAAUUCUUAUUAUAUUGCGUGCCACUACCAGAUUGGAGGUAAUGUACCCGAUGCUAAGAUCUACAUUCCGGGCAAUGCAUGCUCUCAGUGUCCCGGUGACUAUCGCUGUGACUCAAACAAGCUGUGCAGUCGCUCUUAG